AUGAUUCAACUGCAAGCAUUAGAUGACAACAAGCUUGCAUCAACGAAUCCUUCUCAGGGCAAUGAUGGAGUUCCUUCUACAACUCAACUUCGUGAACGGUCAUCGUUACCUUCGAUUUCUCUUCCGAAAUUUUCAGCAAUAAAAAGUGACUAUGUUAAUUCACUUAAGGCUAUACGUAACCAUGUAAUCGAAAAAGUCUCAGCUCUCGAAAAUUUAGGUCGCAUAAAGUCGCAGACUACUGCUACGCCUAAGGAAGCUGAUUCGAAUGGUGUUAGUGAUAUUUUGGUUUAUCACUUUUCUCAAAACAAUGCUAUCGUGCAUCAUUGUAUUCCGAACGAAGAUUUAAAUAUUUUAAAUGAAUCUCUGGAAAAAUUUUGGAGUCUCGAUGCAGUUCCCAUAACAUUGCCAUUGACUAAAGCUGAAGAAGAAUGCGAAUUACAUUUUCAGUCUACUUAUUCGCGAACUCUUGAAGGUCAAUAUGUAGUUCGGUAUCCCUUCAAAUCCGGUCCCCCGAUUAACAUUGGUUUGUCCCGAAAGACAGCAGAAAAAGCUUUAUCUUCUCUUUUAAAGCGGUUUAAUGCAAAUUCAGAUCUUUUCGAACAAUAUGAUAAAUUUAUGGGAGACUAUGAGAAUCUAGGACACAUGUCAAGGGUUUCAGACCCACCUCUCGAUUCGUCUCAAGUAGUUUAUUUAACACAUCAUCAUGUGAUUAGAGCGUCGAACACUAAAGCGGUAAGGGGCGUUUUUAAUGCAUCUCGACUGACGUCCAAUUUUACAUCCUUAAACGAUCAUAUGCACAUUGGGCCUAAAUUGCAAACUAACUUUUUCGAAGUGGUUUUGCAAUGGCGAACUUUUAAAUUUGUGUACGCGGCGGAUAUCGCUAAAAUGUAUAGACAAAUUUUAAUUGAUGAAAAAGAUCGUGAUUAUCAGAGAAUUCUUUGGACUCCAAAAUCAGCUGCACCAUUCCUUGCAUUGCGAGUCCUUCGACAGUUGGUUAAAGAUGAAGGGUCUCAGCAUCCUAAAGGUUCAGCUGUUCUCAAUCAACAAAUUUAUAUUGAUGAUUGCCUAUUUGGGGCAGACUCGGAAGAUGAAAUAAUUGAUAUUCGGGAAGAUGUGGAAGCUCUACUCAAAAAGGGUCAUUUCAAGUUAAGGAAAUGGGCCAGUAAUUCGAUUUUGUUACUUGAGGACAUUGAUAAGCAAGAACAUGCACUUGCCGUUGAAAAGCGUUUAGAUGAAAGCGACUCUUUGAAAAAGCUUUGGGUUAGAUCGAUUUCAUGGGAUGAACCUUUACCAGAAGAUGUUGCGAGCUACUGGAACACGUAUGGAGGUAACUUAUCUAAGCUGGAUACAUUGUCGAUUCCGCGAUGGACAGGACAAGGAAAUAACGUAGUUGACAGUUCCAUUCAUGGGUUUUCUGACGCUUCAAAUUCAGCAUAUGCCGCAGUAGCUUACUUACGUUUAGUUCUUGAUUCUGGUGAAAUUAGAAUAGUUUUACUUUCAAGUCGAACUAAGGUAGCUCCAAUAAAAACGCAAUCAAUUCCCCGAUUGGAACUAUGUGCUUGGUUAAAUAAACAUGCUUCGUCAUGGAAAACAUUUGUUGCGAAUCGCGUAGCCGCAAUUCAAGCUGAAGCACCGUUUGCAAACUGGAAUCAUGUUUCAACUAAAGAUAAUCCUGCCGAUCUGGCUUCUCGUGGAAUUUUAACUCCUGAAUUCGCUGAAUCUAAGUUAUGGUGGCACGGCCCGUCUUGGCUCAGCCAACUUGAAGAGUUUUGGCCUAAGAAACGGGAAUUUCAAAACUUCGAAACUGAAUUGGGCUCCUGUGUGCGAGCGCAUCAUGUGCAUAAUCAAAUUGAAUUUUGUUUGGACAAUCUCUCAAAUCAAAUCUCUUCCUGCUCGAAACUAGUGCGUAUCUUGGCAUAUAUUCUUAAAUUUUUGGACAUCAAAGUUGGAUUUUCUCCUGCAAAAAUCAGGAACAAAGACGAUGCCACUUUCGUUGAGUAUUGCAUUGAAAGCGAGAUUAUUUGGAUUAGAUAUAUCCAAGCUAAGUUGUUCCUUAAAGAAAUCUAUGAUAUAAACGAGAAAGUUGAACUCAACAGGGGCAAUCCUUUGCUACCAUUAAAUCCAUUCGUUGAUGGGAACAAAAUUCUUCGGGUCGGAGGAAGGUUAGCUCACGCGAAUCUGGAAUUUGACAGAAAGUUCCCAAUCAUUUUGAAAGCACAUCCAGUAGUGACAUUGAUUAUUCGUCACGUUCAUGAAAAAUGUUUACAUGGAGGUACGCAACUAACCCUGAGUUUAAUAAGACAAAAAUUUUGGAUUAUUCGAGGUCGACAAAACGUUAAAUCGGUAAUUUACAAUUGUAUGUCUUGUGUAAGAUUACGUGCUGAAGUAUCUAAUCAGUUGAUGGCAGCGUUGCCUAAAAGUCGUAUUACGCGACCCGGACGACCCUUUACACAUGUAGGAAUUGAUUACGCGUGUCCUGUUAAAAUAACUAUUCAUCGCGGUCGAAGCUACACCUCCCAUUCGGCAUAUAUUGCCGUAUUUGUUUGUUUUGCAGUAAGAGCUAUACAUCUCGAGCCAGUAAGUGACUAUUCCACUGAGGCAUUUCUUGCUGCUCUCAAACGUUUUAUGUCGCGUCGAGGCUUACCUCAUACAAUUCAUAGUGAUCGUGGAACGAACUUUCAGGGUGCUAAUCGAGAACUCAAAGAAACUUUCCGAGAGGUAACGCAAUCUCCUGAAGUAAAAGCGUAUUUGAUAAACGACAAAAUUCGAUGGGAUUUCAUCCCUCCAGCUGCGCCUCAUUUUGAAGGGAUUUGGGAGGCUGGAGUUCGGAGUGUAAAACAUCAUUUGCGUCGUGUUCUCGGAGUGCAUACGCCUACUUUCGAAGAACUUGCCACAUUAUUAUGUCAAAUCGAAUCAUGUUUAAAUUCUCGACCAUUGUGCCCUUUGUCAGAUGAUCCCGAAGAUCUUAAAGUAUUGACACUUGCACAUUUCUUAAUUGGAGGCGAAUUAACUGCAGUGCCUAAAUUUCCAUUAGAAAAUGUAAGACAAAAUCGUUUGUCAAGGUGGCAAUUGUGGCAGCAACUACUCGAAGUCUUUUGGAAGGCUUGGUCUAAAGACUACAUCUUGUCGUCACAUCAGCGUAAUAAGUGGCAGCUCCGAAAGAAGGAGUUGUGUGUUGGGCAAAUAGUUUUAGUCAAAGAUGAAUGUUUACCACCUACUAAAUGGGCACUAGGUAGAAACAUAAAUAUAAAACGAAGCUCAGAUGAUCUUGUGCGGGAAGUAACCGUUCAUACUGCAUCAGGUACUUAUGUACGUCCAAUAACUAAAUUAGCGCUAUUACCUGUUGAUUCACAGUCAAACGAUUGGAAGCUAAAUUUUCUUCCUUAA